AAUUGCUUGGUUUUAUAUAUCAUCUGAAUACAAGGAGAGAACUGUUUUUCAAGAACUGCUAAACAGACUGAUCUUCCUAAGGGUCCAUUGUCAUUGAUCUGGAGAGAACUGCUUACAGAAGUGAUAUUAUUAGGUAAAAUAACAGAAAAAGGAGAAAAAUGCCCUCUAAACUAGAGGACUGCAUGCAGCAGCUAAUCUCCAUCUUCCACGAAUAUUCCGGCAAGGAAGGAGACAAGUACAAACUCAACAAAACAGAGCUGCGGGACCUGAUAAAUAAUGAACUGGCUGACUACAUUGAGAAGAGAGACUGCUCAAUGGUAGAAAGAAUUCUUAAUGACCUUGACAAUGACUGUGACGGUGAAGUUGACUUCAAUGAGUUUGUGGUUCUUGUGGCAGCCCUGACCAUUGCAUGCAAUGAAUUCUUUCAAGGUUAUCAGAAUAAAAGUGAAUGAAAACUGUUGAAAAAAUGUACAAAAGCGAGAAUCAGUUCUGUAGUAGAAGUAUACACAUAAGGGAUAGUUUGUUUAUUUACUUGUUUAUUUGCUUUCAUAAAGAAUGAUGAAACUGUACAACAAAAAACAGAGAAGAAUUCAACCUGUAAUAAAAUACAUAUAAACCUGUAUGGAAGUUUA